GUAGAAAUCCGGGCGGGGCGCAGGGAGCAGCCGGCUGCCACUCGUGCCGCUGUCCGCUGCGUCGUGUCCCGUUCCGCCUGUCCCGGCCAUGGCAGCGCUGCCCGGCGCCGCGGCCCCGCGGCUGCUCCUCAUCCCCAGCAGAGCGGCCGAGUCCCCCGGCCCCGCCGCUGGCCGCCAUCUCUCCGUCGUCCUGCCGGCAGCAGCCGCCCCCAGCCCGCCGGGCCCGGAGGCCCCGCAGCCGGCCCGCAAGCGGCAGCGGCUCACCCACCUGAGCCCGGAGGAGAAGGCGCUGCGCAGGAAGCUGAAGAACCGUGUGGCAGCCCAGAGCGCCCGGGACAGGAAGAAGGCGCGAAUGACGGAGCUGGAGCAGCAGGUGGUGGAGCUGGAGGAGGAGAACCAGAAGCUGCUGCUGGAGAACCAGCUUCUGCGGGAGAGGACGUGUAACCUCGCUCUGGAGAACCAGGAGCUCCGCUGCCGCCUCGGCUUAGACGUUCUGAAGACAGAGGAGGAGAGUGAGUCCCAGGUUGUGAAAGAAUUGCAGGUGGAUGAGAUUAGAUUGGUGACCGGGUCCGCUGAGUCCGCAGCACUCAGACUACGUGUUUCUGCAGCAGGUGCAGGCCCAGCAGUCACCAUUUCUGAUAACUUCCACAUGGAUUCUGAUGGCAGUGACUCUUCAGACUCUGAGUCUGAUCUCCUGUUGGGCUUUCUGGACAAUCUGGACCCAGAGGUGUUUCUCAACUACGCUGAUUCAGACUCAACGUGUCUUGAAAAGCUUGAAGGAGAGAUCUGUGGAGAAACAAAUUCCAUACCAAUCUCCUCCUCUCCCGCUUUGGGGUCCCCAUCAGCUAAGCUGGAGGCCAUUAAUGAACUGAUAAGGUUUGAUCAUGUGUACACAAAGCCCCUAAUACUGGAGAUUCCUGUUAAAGUGGGCAACCAAACCAAUAUGCUAGUGAAAAUUGAGGACGUAUCUCUCUCUUCAUCUGAAGACAAAGCUGUCUCUGAGGUCCCGGUAUCUGUGAAAGAGGAACCUGUCGACAGCUUCAUGCCUGAACUGGGCAUCUCUCAUCUGCUCUCCUCUCACCAUAGCCUUGCAGCCUCAAGCUAUCUGCUGGAUGCCCAUAGUGACUCUGGAUAUGAAGGAUCCCUGUCACCCUUCAGUGACAUGUCCUCUCCGCUUGACGCUGACCAUGUUUGGGAGGACAGCUUUGCCAACGAACUCUUUCCACAGCUGAUCAGUGUCUGACUCAGUAGUAACUCCCCUCAGAGAACUGUCCUGGCCAGGUAACAGGACAUGGCCCUCUGGGGUGGGGGGGAAUCACGUAUUAUGAAAUGUGUUGCUCGUUUCUACCUGUGCUAGUAGACGGAGCCGAUGCAUUUCUCCUGGUAUGAAAACACCCAAGGUGUCCUGUUCUGCCCACCCCUGCAGCAGUGUUGGCUUAGGAGGGACAAAAGUUUCUCAAUAACUUGCCAAUUCUACAUGAACCUGAAAACUGUUAAUUUUGUUUUCUAUUUCAAAUAAUGUUAACACCAAAAACUGCAGUGGGAUAUUCCUAUACAGACAACUGCAUUUAAACUAAAUAGUCUGUACAUCUUGCAGAUUUACUAUGGAAAUGCUUGUUUUCCAUUUGCUAUGUAGAAUUGCUUUCUUCAUUUAAUAUUUAACUGUAUUGGUGCCAUUAAAGUGCAAUGCAGCUUGCUGA